AUGGCUGGCCCCGCAAGGAGAAAGUGGUACCACAUUCAGUGGUAUUCUGAUACUGAUACCAAGGAGGAACGCAAGUUUAUUAUCAAGCUUGAUACACUUAUUGUUCCUUAUGCAGUGCUUGCAUACUGGGUCAAGUACAUUGACCAGUCGAACCUGAACAAUGCCUAUGUGGCUGGUCUCAAGGAGGACCUUGGGUUCAAGGGCAAUGAACUCGUUCAGCUCCAGACCUUUUACAUCAUCGGUGCCGUCGUCGGCCAGAUUCCCUUCUUCUUCCUUCUGACCUACAUCCCGAUCCACUGGCUUCUUCCCUUUUUGGAUGUUGCCUGGGGUAUCUUUACUCUUUUGCAAUAUCGGGUGACAAGCUUUGCUGAACUGGCUGCCUAUCGCUUCUUGGUUGGUUGGUUCGAGGCUGCGUUUUUCCCGGUGAUGCACUAUCUUUUUGGAUCCUGGUAUCGUGGAGAUGAAAUCGGUCGGAGAGGUGGCAUCUUCUAUGUUGGUCUUUCCCUCGGCACCCUAACCGCUGGUCUCAUCCAAGCCGGCGCCUCUUCCCGUCUCGAUGGUGUAAGAGGCCUUGAAGGAUGGCGAUGGAUGUACAUCAUUUGUGCCGUAAUCACCAUCCCCAUCGGUAUCUUGGGUUUUUUCGUCCUUCCGGGCACACCUGAUCAACCCAACCGCCGUGUCCUCACGCAACACGACAUCGACAUCGGAGAGCAGAGGCUCAAGCGUGCAGGACACCAAUCUCACGGGAAGAUGAAGUGGAGAGACUUGAAGAAAAUCAUUCUCAGACCUCAAUUUUGGGGCAUCAUCCUUGUGGACGUGUUGUUCUGGAACGCCGGUAUUCACGCCAGCUCUGGUUCAUUUUUGCUCUGGAUCAAGAGCUUGAACCGGUUUUCUCCUGCCCGAGUCAACGAGUUGGGAACUAUUGCCCCUGCCCUCGGCAUCUUUUACACACUUUUUGUGUGUUUCGCGUCAGACCUGGUACUUGGUCCGGCUUGGGCUAUUACCAUGGCUCACACGUGGAACAUCAUCGGCUUGAUCAUCCUCGUUAUAUGGAGAGUACCAGAGGCAGCUCUUUGGUUCGCCUUUUCUACGAUCUAUUCAGCAUACUCCAUGUCCAGUGUAUUUCACGGCUGGGUCAACACUCAACUACGUGCGUCACCCGCGGAACGGUCAUUCACGUUGGUCUUGAUCAACGCCAUAUCCCAGUCUUCCACGGCUUGGACCCCUCUACUCGUCUUCAAGACCGUUGAGGCUCCUCGUUUCCCCAAGGGCUUCGCCUUUUGCUUGGGUUGUGCAAUUGGAUUGCUCAUUUCCACUCACGCACUUCACCUAUACUUGAAGAAUAGAGAUCCUCAGGCGGAGCAGCCUGCUGCACUUCAGUCGGAAGAGAAUGGCACAUUCCCUGUCGACUCUAAGGAGGCGCCUGUGAGCCAGACGAGAAAAGGCGAGACAAGCGAGUGA